AUGAAUUCCAAAAUGAAACAGAAACAGAAUGCAGAAAAAGCAUCAGGAUCUUUGCAGAAGUACCUCACAGAUGCCACAUGCAGUGCUGCCUCAAGAAGGACUCUUAAAAUGAUUCAGCCUUCAGCAACAGGUUGCCUAGUUGGCAGACGCAACGAGAAGAAUUCUUCAGUCAAAAGGAAACUCUGGAAUAACAAGUUCACCUCAAAGUCUUGUAAGGCUGAGGUGUCUGUGGACAAGGAGCAAGAAAAUGAGACUAUGAAUGAUACCAUUCAAGCUGAAGAUCUCAUAAAAGGAAGCCCUUCAUCUCAAUAUUGGAAAGAAGUGGCUGAAGAAAGGAGGAAGGCUCUGUAUGAAGUCCUUCAAGAAAAUGAAAAGCUGCACAAAGAAAUUGAACAGAAAGAUGGUGAAAUUGCCCGCCUGAAAGAAGAAAACGAAGAGCUAAUGUCCCUUGCAGAACAUGUGCAUUAUAUGACCAGCAUGAUUGAGAGGCUAACUGGGCAAGCAUCUGAUGAUCUUGAGACACUGAAGAGUCUGGCUCUAGAGGAAUCUGAACAAGAAAACAAAGAGCUUAACUGUGGAGAUAAUGCAGACAGCAUUUCAGAAGAAGGGCCAGCACAAGUGUCAUGUGGCUUGAGGGAGAGUAUAUCAGAUCUUGCUUCAAAGGAAGUGAAUAAUUUGCAACUGGAACGACAACCUUAA